AUGUCAACUCAUAGAGCAGCUGAAACAGCAUGCAAAUUUCUAGGAUACGACUUCCGUGGCGACCCACGUCGAUGGCAAGCCCGGAAGUGCAUAACGGAAGCGGACGUCCCACAUACUGAUGAUGGCCUACGAGUCUUAGCUGCAAAUGGCAACUGGUCUGAAGUAGUUUCAUUGGCUAUGAAAUUGGAAGAAACGGCAGUAGAGAAUAGACACCAUUGUGUUUUGCACAAUAAAGAGGGAAAUCUGGUUCAAUCCGCGGAACCUAUGUUGGAGUUAGUGGCUAGAUUACCUUAUAUAUUAGUCCAGGUUAUCUCCUAUUUCAAAAUGCAGCGAGUUGAAGAAGCCAAAAAACUCUUAGAUACUCUAGGUGAUAUUGAAGGAGAUGUUUUUUUAGAUCCGAUUACACGCGAAAACCUAGCACCUUUCUCGCUUCGUUUUCUUUCCUCUCUUAUUCCGUUUUAUAUGUCAAAUCCGAUGGAAACAUUGAAACGGUUAUAUAAACUUUUGGAUGAACAUGAUAAAUAUGCGCUGAAUUCAUUUUCAUUACCUUCCAAAAGUUUUGGGAAAAAAUGUGAACAACGCGUAAAACGGAUUCAAAGGGCACUUAUUUAUGUCUAUUACAGCACAGGGAAGUUCGAAUUAGCGAUUAAAACGUUUCAAAAAAUGAUUAAUUUGGAUGAGAUGGUAUCAAGGAUGAUAGAAGAUACGAAGUGUUGGUCGCAAUCAAAACGAAUUAGAUAUGUUCUUCUUCUACAGCAAUUUGCAUGUUUGUGCUUACAUUGCGGAAAUGCCGUAAUGUCUGGGGAGGCAUUUGACAUGAUAGUUAUGAUCUCCCGCGAAAACUCUUCUAGCUCUUUCUUCUCUGAUAACCCCAGCAAAAUUAUCAAUGAGGAAGUCGAUGGGAGCAGUGCAGAGGCAACACUAUAUAAACACAUUAUCAAUAUGAAUGAAGGAUUUAAAUUGAUUAUUUCUGGAAAAUUCGGUGAAGCUGCAGAAUGUUUUCGAUUCCUUGCUCUUCAAGUGAGUAGUGAUAUAAAUGACCGUUCAAUUCAGACAUCGGAUUCUAAUACUAGAGAUAGUUUAGUGGUUGACACUCUUAGUGGUGUGGUUCUUCAGCAGCUCAAGAGCAACGCCCAAACCUCACAUUGCACCAGUUUGCUCUACGGCAGCCAUGAAGACAAGGAUGAUGAAACUUUUUUGACACAAAUAAAGGACACAUUAGAGCAUUAUUUGAGGGAAGACCCAAGUACUAUUAUGCAAUCUGAUGCCUUUUUAGGCGACUUAGUUCGUGUUUAUGCGCUUUGUGGAGAGCGUAAGGAAAAGUUGGAGCAUCUAGCAGGAAUACUAGAGGUUUUCAGAUGUGACGCGGCAUCUCUGCCUAAUAUGGAAAAAAUGGUUUAA